UUCGCUGGAGGAGGUGGCGCUGAGCUCUGUCUGGGCUGAAUAUAGAAAGAGCUGGGGAGUUGGCCCUGUGAUAUUUCAAGUGCUGAUUGAUGGAGAGGGGUGUGCCAGUUAUUUUAAAUCUGGCUUAUUGGGCAUACCCACACCCCAAAUGGGUUUGAUGAAUUUAAGAAAGCAGAUUCUUAAUCUACAGAUAUCAGAUGAAUCUGCGUUCUGUAUUUACUGUAGAACAACAAAGGAUUUUACAGCGUUAUUACGAAAAUGGAAUGACAAAUCAAAGUAAAAAUUGCUUUCAGCUCAUAUUACAGUGUGCACAGGAGACUAAGCUGGACUUCAGUGUAGUCAGGACGUGGGUUGGCAAUAAGAGAAGAAAAAUGAGUAGUAAGAAUUCUGAAUCAGGAGCAACAACAGGAACUCUUCCCAGUACCUCUUUGACAGCUCCGGACAUUACAGUCAGAAAUGUAGUUAACAUCACUCGACCAUCAAGCCAACAGUCUUCUUGGACAUCUGCCAAUAAUGAUGACAUUGUAACUGAUGCAUACAGUCCAGCAAGUUCAUCAAGUAGGCAAGGGACAACCAAACAUUCAGAUACACAAAUUACAGAAGCACAUAAAAUUCCUAUUCAGAAAACUGCCAGUAAAAAUGAUACUGAGUUUCAGUUGCACAUUCCUGUUCAAAGACAAGUAGCACACUGUAAAAAUGCUUCUCUGCUCUUAGGUGAAAAAACAAUUAUCUUGUCAAGACAGACAAGUGUGCUAAAUGCUGGAAAUUCAGUAUACAGUCACACAAAGAAAAACUAUGGAAGCUCUUCAAUGCAGGCCUCUGAGAUGAUGGUACCUCAAAAGCCAUCUAUGUGCCACCGACCUUGCAAAAUUGAACCAGUUGGAAUUCAGAGGUCAUAUAAGCCUGAACACAUGAGUCUAGCAUCACAAAACUUAUGUGGGCAAAAGCCACCUAUUAGAGACCCUUACUGUAGAACGCAAAACUUGGAAAUCCGUGAAGUAUUUUCAUUGGCUGUUAGUGAUUACCCCCAGAGAAUUCUGGGAGGAAAUGCCCCACAGAAGCCUAGUUCAGCAGAAGGAACUUGUUUGUCCAUUGCAAUGGAGACUGGAGAUGCUGAUGAUGAGUAUGCCAAAGAAGAAGAGUUGGCAUUGAUGGGAGCACAGAUACCAAGCUACUCAAGAUUUUAUGAAAGUGGCAGAUCCCUUGGAGCAGAGAACCAAAGUACAGUACUUCCUGGACCAGGAAGAAAUAUGCCAAAUUCACAAAUGGUGAAUAUUAGAGACUUGGCAGACAAUGUACUCUAUCAAAGCAGAGACUACCAUUUGACACCACGGACCUCAUUGCAUUCAGUAGCUACUACGAUGUACAGUAAUACAAAUCCAUCACGGAGUAAUUUUUCUUCACAUUUCGCAUCAUCAAACCAAUUGAAGUUAUCACAAAACCAAAACAAUUACCAGAUUUCAGGAAACCUUACUGUGCCUUGGAUUACAGGGUGUUCUAGAAAAAGAGCACUACAAGACCGCACUCAGUUCAGUGACCGAGACUUAGCCACCCUUAAGAAGUACUGGGACAAUGGCAUGACCAGCCUUGGUUCUGUGUGUAGAGAGAAAAUUGAAGCAGUUGCAACUGAAUUAAAUGUUGACUGUGAAAUAGUUCGGACUUGGAUUGGGAAUAGAAGAAGGAAAUAUCGUUUAAUGGGGAUUGAAGUUCCACCUCCAAGAGGAGGCCCUGCUGAUUUUUCUGAGCAGCCUGAGUCUGGUUCUUUGUCUGCACUCACAUCAGGAGAGGAAGCUGGUCCAGAAGUAGGGGAGGAUAAUGACAGAAAUGAUGAAGUAUCCAUCUGUUUGUCUGAAGGAAGCUCUCAAGAAGAGUCCAAUGAAGUUCCAAAUGAGGCAAGGGUUCAUAAGGAGGAGGACCACCAUGCAGUAUCCGCAGAUAAUGUGAAAAUAGAAAUUAUUGAUGAUGAAGAAAGUGACAUGAUAAGUAAUUGUGAAGUUGAACAAGUGAAUUCUCUCUUGGAUUAUAAGAAUGAAGAAGUCAGAUUCAUUGAAAAUGAGCUAGAGAUUCAAAAGCAAAAAUACUUUAAACUUCAGACAUUUGUUAGAAGCUUGAUACUAGCUAUGAAAGCUGAUGAUAAGGAACAACAGCAGGCACUGCUGUCAGAUUUACCUCCUGAAUUAGAAGAGAUGGAUUUCAACCAUGCCUCGCCGGAGCCUGAUGAUACCUCAUUCAGUGUGUCUUCUUUAUCAGAGAAAAAUGCCUCAGUUUGUAAUUUGAGGGCGCAUAUAUGACACAGCAUUUUGGCUAAGAGCCAAGCUAACGUUAGUCACAAGAAAACGAGAACUGCAGUGAUGCUGGAGAAUGGAAAAAUUAGCAUAUGCAAGGACAACCUCAAAAGACAAUUGAUCUUUUCAUGAAAAAUGGGGAUGUUUUGUUGUAAGAUCAAGUAUCAACAUUGAGACUUCUAUGCUACCAUUGUAAUAAUAAUAAAAACAUUUAUCAUUGUUGGAGAAAAAAAUGCUGCAAACCACUCACAUCCUGUGCUCUGUAUACUACCAAAACUUCAAAAAUGUUGAAGAGGCCAUUUUUCCAAAGGCAGCAGCAUGUAUUUUAAGGCACUUUCAUAGUCCACCAUCUUUAAGUUUGUAGGAGAAAACAUAAGUAGUGAAUUUAAAAGAAUUUUAGGCUCUAAGUUAGACUUUGUUGCCUUCUGUUUUGGGGGAAGAGGGGAAAUUCCACUCAUUUCCUAGGAAUAGUUUCCUCAUCUUAGCCUGAUAACUUAUGGUCAUUUUUAAGAGAAAUUCUGAAAAUGUUCCCUUCUCAUUGUAGUGAUGGUGUACCAGGAAUAUUAUCUAUUUAAAAAAUAUAUAUUAGAUUUUCAUUCAUGUCCUAAAAAUGCCAAAUUCUGACUUAUUAGCCUUUUAAGGGAGCUAUCAGUACUAUAAUAUUUAAAAGAUGAGUACAUGGGUUUAUCUUUGAAGUUGGCAUUAUCCUUGGCAGACAACACUAUCAUACUCAUAAUAUCAAGCUAUGCUCUGCGAUAAUAUGAGGGAGAAGCCUACUAAUUUGUGAGACUGCAGUCAUCAUGCCAUUGCCAAAACCAAACCAUUAUUUAAGAGCAGAUUUGCUAAGAGGGAAAAGAUAAUAAAAUAUUUUCUUGAAAAUAAAUAUGAUUUUUCCAUUAAAGUUUAUACUUAGUAUAUAUUGCUCUGCAUUGGAAUUUUAUUUUGUAUUAACUUGUUAAGUAGUUCCUUUAAGCGAUCUUGCAUCCCAUUUUACUGAUACUACCUCUGAAAUAUACUACCACCUUGAAACCACAUCACUGUAAUGUGAUCUUUUGUAGGGUUUUUAUUUAAAGUUUUAUAGAGGCAAUAAAUGAUUUCUAACUAA